AUGACUGAUAAAGAUAUCAAAAUCAAAUCUCUAGAAUCAGAACUAGAAAGUAGAUAAACUUAAGUUUUACAACUUGAAUCAAAAGUUGCUGCACUUGAGACACGAAUCAAUUAGAAUGCUGAUGUAUUUGAUCAACUUUUAAUUUAUUCUAGGUUUUAGAAUUAUAGGAGAAGAUCAAAAUGCUUGAGACAUAAAAUCUAAAACUUGUUGAAAAAAAUCAAAGUGAUGUAGUGGAAUGGAAAACAAAGGAAAGAGAAUUUAAGGUAUAAGUUACAUCUAUAUGAUUAAGUAAUUACUCAAGUAGCAUCAAGAUGAGCUUGCAUCUAUAAAGGCAGAAUUGGAUGUAGCUAAUUAAUAGUUAGCCAAUAAUUAGAAUAAAGUUGGUAAUACUUCUGGAUUAGAAUAAACUAUAAAAGAUUUGUAGUUAGAUCGAAAUGAUUUAAAAUAAAUCAAUGAGAAGUUGAUUUAUACUGAAAAUUUACUUAAAUUAGAGAAGGAUAAACUGAUAAAUUAAGUAAAAGAUUUAGAAGAGGAUAAGAAAUAGAUAUAGAACGAUUUAUAAGAUUUAAAAAAUAAACAUAAUUAAGAAUUAGAAAUAUUGAGACAAUAAAUUCAUAAAUAUUAAGAUGAGAUUGUGUAAAGGGAAAAAAUGCACGAGGAAUAAUUAAGAAAUUUAUCAAGAUUAGAAUAAUAAAUGGAAAGUAAGGUUAAAAUUAACGAAGAAGAAGUUGAACAAGUAAAAAGAUAAAAGGAUUAAUUAUAAUGUGAAAAUGAUAGUUUAAAAAAGGUUAAUGGAAAAUAAAUACAAGAAAUGUAAUUUUUAGAUUAGCAAAUAAAUUGUUAUGUUAAAUAAGUUUCUGAUAAAGAUAAAUAGUUAUAAGAAUUAUAGAAUAAGAUGAAUGAUGAACAUACAAAAGUAGUUAAUUUAUAAUAGAGUAAUAUGUCUCUUUAAGAAAAAUUAAAAGAUAUAAAAUAAAAUUAUGAGAAGCAACUUUAAGAUAAAGAUGCUUAAAUUUAAAAUGUAAGAAGAGAAUAAGAGAAUAGAAUAUUUUAAAUGGAAAAGUAUGCAUAUAAAAAUAUUAAAUAGAGAAAAUGCAACUAUUUUAGAAUAGUUACAAUUAGUAAAUGAUUAAAAUAAAGAAUUAUUGAGUAAGCAAAGAGAAAUAGAGAUUCUUUAUAAGGAUAGUUCUAAUAAAUAAAUUGAGAAGGAUAGAAAAUUAGUAGAAUAGUUUGAAAAAUUGAGAAAAUUAGAUUAAGAAGUAUAGAGUGUUCUUUUCUAUAGGUAAAAGCCUUGAUGAAAUAAAAUUAAUAGUUCAAAGAAUAGAUAAUAAUGUUAGAGGGAGAUUAUAGUAAAGCAAAGGAAUAAGUAAGAAUGUUAUUAAGAGAUAAAUCUGAAUUGAAACAAUAAUUAGAUUUUUUGAUUGCUUAAUAGAAUAAAAAAGGAAGAUUGAAUGAAAUUGAUUAAUUGAAAAAGCAGGUUCAAGAAUUAUAGACAGAAUUAGAAUUAUUGAAAGAAUCUCAUAAGGCUGCUUAAAGUUCACUUAAAUCAACAAUGGAAUCUGCAGGAUAUUUUAAAGGAAGAUUAAAAAAAUUAGAUAUGGAAAAUCAAGCUUUACUGGAUUCUAAAUUAAGACUUGAAAAUUUAUUUUAAGAAUUGUUAGAAUCUACAAAAUCAAAGAAAAUGUAAAGAAAUUAUUCUGAAGUAUCUAUGAAAGUAUAAAAUGGAAAAAUGAUAACAGAAAAUAGUUCUAUAUAUUUAGAACCUAUGACUGAAAGAUUAACAGCUAAAACUAGUAGUAAUUAAAUGUAAAAGAAUGGAGAUAUUCGUUCACUUUUUAAAAGACCAAUUUAAGUUGUUAGAAUCAGAUCAUCAGGAAAAUAAAAAGAAAUUAAAGAAAAUCAUAUCAAUAAUGAAAAUAAAGUAGAAGAAGAAUAAAUUGUAGAUUAAGUUAAUAAAGAGGAAAUUGAAAUUCCAGAAGAAGAAUCAUAAAUUAAUUAAGCAGAUAAUAAAUAGGAUGAUCAAUAAAAAGAGAAUUCAUAAACUUCAGAUAAUGAAUUGUUAUGA